CACCUGAUCUUAUUUCUAACUUAUCGGAUUCUUGGGUAUCUGCUCUCCCAUUCUUUUCCAGUUGAGGAAUUUCUUUUUUGUUCUUAGAAACUUUGGAUUAAGAUAAUGAGGAAGCCGUGUUGUGAUAAACAAGAUACCAACAAAGGAGCUUGGUCUAAGGAAGAAGACCAGAAACUCAUAGAUUAUAUUCGAAAACACGGCGAAGGUUGUUGGCGUUCUCUUCCUCAGGCUGCAGGCCUCCUUCGUUGUGGCAAAAGCUGUAGGCUAAGAUGGAUAAACUAUCUUAGGCCAGACCUUAAAAGAGGCAACUUUGGUGAAGAUGAAGAAGAUCUCAUCAUCAAGCUUCAUGCACUCCUGGGAAACAGGUGGUCAUUAAUAGCUGGAAGAUUGCCUGGACGAACAGACAAUGAAGUAAAGAACUAUUGGAAUUCUCAUUUAAGGAGAAAGCUUAUAAACAUGGGGAUUGAUCCAAAUAAUCACCGCUUGAACCAGAAUCUCCUACGUUCACGUAACCCGCCAAAUCCUGCUAUUGCAACAUCAUCUGGAUUGAAAAUUCAGGCCAAACAACAGCCGACAAAGCCCCGCGUUGACAGUGAGCAAACAUCGGAUGCCGGAAGUUGCUUAGAGGAUGAUCAAUGUACCUUGCCUGACCUAAACCUCGACCUCACAAUGAGCAUUCCUUCUUCUUCAAUUGCCCAUGUUGAAGGGAAUCAAAAGGAUAACGAGUCUAAUUUUUUGAGGCCACAAAAGAUUGCCCCUUCUUCUAACCUUCUUCUCUCCCAGUAGCAAACAAUUCCUUUCUAAUUCUGGACACCCUGAAGAAUGUGUUUAGUAGGGACUGAUGGGUGAAUUAAGCCUCAUUUGUAAAUCUUGACUUGGAAACAUUGAAAUGAAUUCCCUUUGGAAACA